GAGCAUGGAAGGACACGGCUGCUCCCCACACAACCAGGAAACAAGACCAUUGCAUGUAUUAUUCACUCCUUCCUGCCUGGCCAAACAAAAGUUGCGGGUGGGUGCAGGGAGGAGAAGGCCACGCCGAGGCGCCACGGAUCGCAACGCAAGAAGCUCGCCUCAAAGGCGGAGAUUUGGUCCACCUGGGUUGAAGCUGUCCUGGGAAAAGGUCACUACUGGGCUUUGCUCCUGUCUAAGAGAGCGCGGGACUCCACCAUGAAAACGUCAAGAUCUCCUCUCUGGCAAAUACCUGGUUCCAGUAUGUUCUUUGGCCUCCUCAUUAUUUUUGCCAGUGGCACCCUUGGACAAGAGAGUUCUCCCAACCCCAGCAAAGAGCCAGCCAUUUCUGUAUCUACUGCCUUGGGGGAUUUGAUUUCCCCUAUGCCAUCGACUGUCCCAACUCCUUCCGCUGAAUUACCCGUUACGAAGGUGCCAACAAAGGAUACAGGAAGUGAUGUCUCUUCGAAGGCACCCCCUGUUUCCAAACUGUUGGUCGCCACAGUCAGUAACAAGGAGACAACUUCAAUAAGGACUCUGUCUCUUGAACAGCACUCUACAACUCACCAUUUGGAAGGAGAGCCCAUCACAGAACGAAAGGAGAUGGCAACAUUAAAACAGACCAAACCGACUGACAGCACCACAGAUAACCGUACAUCUGCUUAUGCAGAAGCAACCACAACCGUUGCAGCUACAACCAAAGCGGUGGGAAAAUCCCCUACAACCGUUGGAGAGUUGACGUCCUCCAACAUAACAGGAACGUCUGGCAGGAGUACCUACUUGCUACCAAGAGGUAGGAAGGGAGAUAAAGAAAAGAGUACCACGCCAGGACAACGUGUACAUGUUCCCACAACACGUGAUCCCAACAUCAAGAGGCCAGAAACCCUGUUCACAACUGGGACAUCUACCGUUCGAACACCAGAAGCUGAUACAGGGGUGACGGACAGCCCUUCAAAGGGGCCCAGAAGAGUCACGGUGACGCCUACUGUUGGUGGACGAGUCUCUGAUCCUGUUGCUACCAAAAGCCCUUCAAAGGCCACCGGAGGAGUGGUGGCGGCCAUAAUCCUCAGCGUCCUGUUGCUCCUGAUUAUCCUAGUCGCUCUCGUAUGCUGCUGGCGGAGGCAUCGCUCGGGUUCGACCAGCUUCAAGACCGCAGCGUGGGCAGGGCAAGCAGCAAUGCUGGACGACUCCGCGUUGGAUAAAGAGCUCGAGCAAGGAGCGGUGACGGCAGGGGACGGGGACGCAAGGCGUGCGACCCUCACCACUUUCUUUGGCAAGCGUCAGUCCAGGGUGCCUUCUGUAGCCAUGGAAGAAGUUGUUGAGAAAGGGGCUGGUGAUGUGGAAGAAGCCCAGCGCCUGAUGGGUGAAGAUGCUAGCAGGGUCUCGUGUCUGGAAGGGCCUGGGGAAGCAAAUGGUAAACUUCCCGAGUCCAGCGUGCAAUGCGCUCAAGAGACCGAGUUCCCCCCACCACCAGCUGACCAGGAGCAGACUCCUCCUACACAACUGGAAUAGGACACGCCCACUUCCUAGGCUCCUCCCACUAGUGAACGCUUUCACUGCCUACAUUUCUUCUACUAGAUUUGAGACGCUCCUUCUAAUCCUCAUUUUACUGCAGUCUCUAUCGGUA